AAGAAUGCUCUGGCUGCAUAUCUAUAGACCAUGAGCCAUGUUCCCCUCUCCAUCCCACAUCACCCCUGCACCGCAUCUCUGCAUCUGUGAAGAAUUCAGGGCCCCGACAACCGCGAAUAUCCAUUGCAGAUGCCUCAUCACCCAUCCCUCUCCAUUGCAAGGCCAGCGCCGCGGUAGCCGGAGCUCGAGCGUUUAGCCUCUGCGGCAAGGGCCUUCCGGCAGUGACAUGCCGCUGACAGCGUCGAGCCAUCCGGCAUAUCGCAGUGCCGCGAGAUGCUUUGCGCAAGCCCUGGAUCAAGCUGUGACGCUACAUUCAGCUGCGGGUCCUCGGAGCUUCGGCGGCGCUAGGUGCCCGGCAGGGAAUCCGGCUGGCUCGUCUCUGCCUCCAUCAUUCUUAUGUCCAGUCUUAGAGACGCGCUGCCACUCUGUGCGGCGUAAGUUCUCAAGAGGGAGCGACCCUUUGAAUUCGCUUAGAACCUUUUCCACCACUCGUCGUGCUCCAGAUCAUGCCCAGCAUGCGCUCGAGGCGAUUCAGGAGGACCAGUCCAUGGCAGGCGUUACUGCAUCGACGUCCAAAGUUACCCUCUCGACCGAUUCAUCGGAAGGACGGCCUGUCGUAGAGCCGGAGGAAUGGGACAGCGAAGAGGUCAAGCACUUCAUGGAGCUGGAAAGAAGGCUCUGGGUUGGACCUCGAGAAACUACACUGAGGUUCCCGCAAUACAAAUUCAAUACUUAUAGCCCUUCCCCCCUUUUACGUGAUCGCAAGGGCAAAGGGCCGAGCGAACGCAGGGCGUCAACACCUGUUGGAGAGGAAAUCGACUGGGCCGGAACACAAGCUUGGAUGACCCCGCAGCAGGGUGGGCCUUUCAGUAGACAUCUUCCCACGGGACUCUUGACACAGUCCAGUGCGACGGAACUCCCGCUGGAUGUCACUAGAAUCUCCCUGUCGCGUGCACUUCGACACCUCAGCCACGCUGCUCAAGCCAUACGAAGCAAUUUCCUUGACUCUUAUGCAGCAAAUCGCAGGAUGGAUCAUGCCGGACAGAGCGAGUUGCUGUGGGAAGCGUUCGGGUUGGCCCUGUGUCGGAACAAGAGAGCCUUCUCCCUUCGUGGCAGACCUCACGCAGGCACGUCUGCGUCCACAGCAUCAAGAGCUACCACUUCGGAGCUAGUCACAAAACUUUCCACAGAGGACGUGCUCGCGGCUCAUGAAUGCGCCGCUUGGUUACUGAGGCUUUCCCUCGCGAUAGGUGAAUCGCCAAUUCCUCGCUUCGUGCGUGUGAUCAGCAUCCUUGGCGCUCCUCCCCUUGCUGGCAUACACCCACUCAUUGCCGACGUGGGAGUAGCUGGGGAUGCGCAAGUCGUCAGGGAGCUGGUAAACUUGUGCAUCCAAUCGCAUGGUGGACGUGCAGAUGAAUGGCUGCUGUAUGCUCAAGCUCGCUCUAUGGCGAGCCGCGCGUCAAAUGGCUUCGAUUGGGGCCGGUUGGAAAGAUAUUGGCAGAGCUACACCUCUUACAAGCGGCCACCAGAGCCGUUCGGCCAGUUACCGAUGGGCGAAGGCGGAAGCUGGACCGAAGCACUGAGCCCACCACGAUAUCUUUUCGAGUUUCUGUUACGUUUCCAGCUGGGCAUGCGGAACUUGGGAGAAGCUCGCCGGAUCGUUCACGCUAUGCGGGCGCAUGGUCACUCUGUCGAUGUUGGGACAUGGUUGAUCCUCAUCCGUGCGCAUCCAGCGCUCCGUGAUACGCUGACCGCGCUAGCGACCGCGGCUCCUCUGCGGCAACGGGCGCAGAAGUGGCGUGGUCCGCGGGAGACCGGUCAACCCAAACCGAUGGAAGAUGCAAGCCUAGAAUACUACUCGGAACCGCGACGGAUCCUGAACGAUCUGGUGCGCAUACGAUGCGCUCAGGGUGACAUUCGCGGGACGCUUUUAGUGCUCCGCGUCUUUGGCGCACCUACAGGCUCACAGGCACCACUCGCGCAUGCAGGAGGUCCUAGACCCAACGUUGCGACGUACGCACCAGUCGCCGAGCUGUUGGGUAGAGGUCUAGCAAAACCAGACCUCGCUAUGCGCUUCCUCGGGCUGGCCUUGAAGCACGCUGAAGAGCCGCUUUCUGACAGGCACGAUGGCAAGCAGCACUUCGACACUUUUUGGAUCUUAUGCGCUCUCAACGCUGUGCUGAAGGCACUCAUCUAUGUUGGUCGGCCUGGUGAUGCCCUUCGAUGCGCCGAUUACCUAUUCACCGAUGGGCAAGGAGAUCAUGUGGACAGCGCCAGACACCAGUCCCAGGAAUGGGCGUCAAGAGAUGGCGGGGCCGCGCUAGAGAGGAUGCGACUCAAGGUCCGGCCUAACACGACAAUAUUCGGUACGCUAAUGGAAGCUGCGGCAAGCAUGCCAGUCUCGGACCGUGUGCCAAGCACUCGAGCGGUGCUCUCUCUGAUGUUCUGCUCCAUGCAGCGUAGCAGCACUACGUCCAUCAACCCUUCCCGCAAAGGCUUCCCUAGCUCAGCUCGCAUUGCGCUUGCUCGAUUGAUGAUCACCACAGCCGAGGCUGCUAUGCCUGAUCAAGACCGUCUGGCUACCUCGUUCUUGCAAGCGCCCUUGUCGCAGCCUAGGCGCUCCCGUAGGCGCUCGCACUCACAGAGAAUCACAGCCGAUGCUGCUAUGCCUGAUCAAGACCGUCUCGCUACCUCGUUCUUGCAAGUGCCCUUGUCGCAGCCUAGGCGCUUCCGUGGGCGCUUGCACUCACAAAGAACCGAACGAGGCAUUUUGGCUCGACUGCGAAUGUUCAAGCGAAGGCUCGCGUUCCUGGGCUUUUGGGAGAAGCAGAAGCUGCAAACCUCAAGCUCACGCCGUCCUCCACGUCGCUCGCAGGACCGACGAGAAGUUGAAAGUGGUUCGGAACUGGGCCAAGAUACGCCACCUGAGAAGCUGUCUCCCGGCGCGUGGGCACGGCGCCUCCGCGUGCUGGCUGUUGUGGACAAGAAUUUCGAUGAGGCGAUGAAUUUCGUCAAAGACUUGCCCCGGGCAGGCGUCAAUGUCAACAUCCUUCAUAUUUCUCCUCUGGUAGAGGGCCUGGUGGCCAGCGGCCUACUUAUGGAUGCGAGCGAGGUUACACAAAGAGCGGCAGAGCACUUUGGCACGGGACCUACUCUCCGACUUCACACGGCCAUCAUCCGCGGACAAAUUGAACAUGAUGACUGGACUGGCGUCGAGCGCCAGCUUGAGGUCAUGAAGCAGAGCGGCUUGGAAGCGGACGCAGCUCUCAUUACGAUGAUCGCCUUGGCGAGAGAACGCGUAGCUCGCGAAGCUCACCCGGUGCUACUUCGGGAACCUGCCAUGGUAGAGCGAGCGAACAGGACACUUUUUGGAGCAUCAGGAGAAGCGCCUCACACCAUCGCAGUUACUUCCCAUUUCCUGAUGCUUCUGCAAAGAAGGUUGUACCUUGGGGCGCAGCUGCUCGUAGAGCGCGCGAUGAAGUCAGGCACUCGGCGUGAUGCUGUCUUGCGCGGUGCGGUCUUCCGCUCGGGCAAUAGGAUGCGCAAGGAUCUCGUCAAGCUCGAAAAGGCCGCAGGACCAAUACCAGAUCAUUUGAUCCCGGCGAGCGCAGCGUCGGCUCCCGCCGAGGCCAGCACUUCUACGGAUGGGACGCCGAGAUCGCAAGCAAGACGAUUGCGAAUCAAUGCUCCUAUUCGCGAAGAGCUGCGUCAAGCGCUCGAGGUCCAGCAACGCAACCAGAAACGUCUCAGCCUCCUCUCGGACACGCCAGAUAAGCGACACAGGGAGGAAUGGCACGCUUUCAGACGAGAUACGAUGCGACUCGUGAUGGACACGCUAAUUCUGCGCGACCCGUCUUUGCCAUCUACUUGGAAAAAUGUGGGCAAAAUGCUCCAUACUCCGACCGGCUUUUUGCCGUUUGAUCGAAGGAGGAACACGCGUCGAGCGUGGGCUCGCACCAGCAGCGCAGUUCAAGAUCCACAAACAGAGGCCAAGGCUCCAUCAUCUCAUCUCUCCACGGGUGAUGUACAUGUAUGAAAGAGCUGCCACCGCUCAAUCA